UCACCCGCGGCUCUUCUCUUUUCAUCUCUCAAAUAUCCAUAACCACCAUGUCUGCUUGGUUAUCCCGCAAGGUUUCGGCGUUCACUAUACAUGAUGUCGAUGGGUCUAGUGCUCAGAAGGAGGCAAUCAACGCUAUUGCCAAGGAAUUCGAAGUUUCUACCGAAAACCUUAGAACCAUCGUCAAGCAGUUCAACGAGGACAUGGACAAGGGACUUCAGCGUCACGGAGCUACAGGUUAGUGAGACCAUGUUCAUGCAGAGGGUUUCGUGCGAAAACUUUAUGGGUUCUAAUAUGAUCAUGUGCCUUGCCAGUUGCCAUGAUUCCCAGUUACGUACAGGGACGCCCCACUGGCAAGGAAACUGGCAAAUACCUGGCACUCGAUUUGGGAGGCACUAAUUUGCGUGUGUGCGAAGUUAACUUGUUGGGAGAUAGCAAGGUCACUAUCCACCAGCAAAAGUUUGUCGUGUCCAAUGAGUUGAAGACCGGAGAAAUGCGACACUUGUGUGAUUAUAUUGCCGACUGUGUCGACAGCUUCCUUACUGAAAAUGGUUCAGACAAACUGGAUAAUGACCUCCAGCUUGGUUUCACUUUCUCUUUCCCUGUCAACCAGACUGCCAUCAACCGUGGUACCCUUAUGCAAUGGACAAAGGGCUUUUCUUGCCACGGUGCCGUCGGCAAGGACGUUGUCAUUAUGCUCCAAGAUUCUUUCAGACGUAAGAACUUGAACGUCAAUAUCGCCGCUAUCGUCAAUGAUACGGUCGGUACCUUGAUGGCUAAUGGUUAUCGGGAUCCCAAGUCACACAUGGGCGUCAUUCUCGGUACUGGUACCAACGCAGCUUAUUAUGAGACUAUGGACAAGAUCGUGAAGUGGGAUCAAGGCCCCACCGCAACCAAGGAGAUGGCUGUCAACAUGGAGUGGGGCGCGUUCGACAAUGAACGCCGUGUUAUUCGCUUGACCCCCUAUGACAAUAAGUUGGAUCGUGAAUCCAUCAACCCUCGCCUCCAAACCUAUGAGAAGUUGAUCUCUGGCAUGUACCUUGGAGAAAUUACACGUAAUGUACUCGUGAGCCUUAUCGAUAGAACCCUCCUAUUCAAUGGCCUCUCCUCACCUGACCUCAACAAGCAAUGGGCUUUUGAAACCGCAUACAUGUCUACCAUUGAAUCAGAUGCCACCAAGGACUUGUCUGAUACCCAACACGUUUUGGAAAGCAUAUUAGGUCUUCCCAUGACUACCUUGGUUGACCGUCAAAUCGUUAAGAAGGUUUGCGAAUUUGUUGGUGUCAGAGCUGCUAGAGUCUCGGCUGCUGGCCUUGGUGCCGUUUUGUCCCACUCCAACCUUGUCGAAGAAGGUUGCACGAUCGCUAUUGAUGGAUCUGUGUUUGAGUUUUACCCUAACUUUGCUGACAACAUGAUGGCUGGCCUCAAGGAACUCUUUGGCGACCAGAUUGAGAACAAGGUCAAGUUCUCUCUUGCUCGCGACGGAUCUGGUCUUGGAGCCGCUGUCAUUGCUAUGAUGGCUCACAAAGCCAACUAAAAAUUUGUCAUCUUUCCCAUGUACUUUUUCUUUGGUCAAUGUUGUACAUCGUCCUAUCUAUGAUAGCAUUUUUUUUCUAUAUAAACGACAAGCUCCAUCAUUUUGUGUAAAAAGGAAUAAGUUUUUUUUAAAAAAAAAAAAAUUGUUGCCAUGCGGGCGAGGGAGUGCACAA